UCGUCUUCGUUCGUGUUCCCCUCUCCUUUCGUUCCCGCUUCCGCCAACCCUCUCCUCCUCCGUCUCCGUGUCGGCUUCGUCAAGAUAAACCUUUCCACGCCUCCGCCUCGUCCUGGAAUCUGUGCUUCGAUCCGCCAAGUCAGCCGGACGGAUCGUUAUUACAGACAUAAUCUUGUCUUGUCCCUCCCUCCGAUUCGGAGUAUUUGGUUGUUGAUGGUGAUAUAGGCGAAGUGACCGAGGAGGCGAGCGAGAGCUCCUGCUGCUCUUCUUGUAGUCUUGUUCUUGGCGGGAGCGAGGAGGGAGGAUGCCGUACUGCGUGUUGACCGCGGCGGCGGCGGCCGUUGCCGGCGGCGCCCACACGCCGGAGGAGGAAGUGCGGAUCUUCUACCAGCGGUACGGCCAUGGCGCCACCAAGGUCCUUCUCAUCAUCGGAUUCGCGGGCACGUACGAGUCGUGGGGCCCGCAGGUGAAGGGCCUGACCGGCGCCGUGGAGCCCGUCGACGAGGAGGCCCCGGCCGACGACGACUCCGGCGCGGCGGAGGGCGUCGAGGUCUGCUGCUUCGACAACCGCGGCAUGGGCCGGAGCUCCGUGCCGGCACAAAAGUCGCAGUACACGACGGCGACCAUGGCGAAGGAUGCAUUGGCACUCCUGGAUCAUCUGGGAUGGCGAAAAGUGCAUGUCUUCGGCCACUCCAUGGGGGCAAUGAUAGCUUCGAAAUUGGCCGCAAUGGCGCCGGACCGGGUCGCGUCGCUGGCGCUGCUCAACACCACCGGAGGAGGCUACCAGUGCAUCCCAAAGGUUGAUUGGCACACGAUAUCUCUCGCCUAUCGUUUUCUACGGGCAAGAACUCCUGAGCAGAGAGCGAUUCUUGAUCUUGAAGUCCAUUAUACAACGGAAUACCUUGAGGAAGCUAUUGGAUCAUGUACCAGAAGACAAAUGCUUUAUAAGGAAUAUGUUAAAGGUUUGUCAUCUGGUGGCAUGCAAUCCAGACAUGGAUUCGAGGGGCAAAUGAAUGCUUGCUGGACACAUAAGCUCUCAACGAAAGAAUUAGACAGGAUUCGCUUAGCAGGUUUCCUUGUUCUAAUUAUUCAUGGCAGGGAUGAUGUUGUUGCUCAGCUGUAUUAUGCAAGGAGGCUUGCAGAAAAGCUACAGCCUGCUGCCAAGCUAACUGAGCUCCAUGGAGGCCACCUAGUGAGCCAUGAAAGACCAGCUGAGGUUAAUAUGUCCCUCAUGGAGAUGAUCAAGGCUUCAAAAUCGAGUACAGGCCUAGAGGACUGGUCAAACCUUCCAAAGAAGUCCGAUGCUGGUUUUCUCCGUAAACGAGAUGGUGACAUGGUGAAUUACCUCAGAGUUGCACACAAUCUACUCGGAAAGCUCCAACUUAUCUUGCUCUCCUUGUUUGGAGUGUUCUACUUUAUUCUUGAGCACGCGAGGAGGGUCCUAAGAGUUUUGAAGCCUGUCAGAGUUUCUGCUUCCACGCUAUAGAGUAAUUAGCCAGCGAACGGUUGCAGUUGUUCUUCGUUCUUCGGACAAGUGUGAAUUCAGAGAGAUAAAGCCAUAUAGUGCUUCCAGCAAAAAUGUAGUUGCAGAGGCUGGACAUUACAGACUGGUCCUCCAGGGAAUUGUUUUGUAACUUGCCCCCUUGGUUUUGUUAGUGGGAGGCAAGUCAUUUUCUGCAAUCCAGUGAGGAUGUGCAUUUUAUUUUAUUUCCUCUAACAUGCAGGGUGUGUAUUGUAUUGCUGUUCAACAUGAAUAAAGUACACAUUUUUCUCAUUUU